GAGAAGGAGGAGGAGGAAGAAGAGGAACAUGAGGAGGAGAUGGAAGAGGAGGAACAUGAGAAGGAGGAAGAGGAGGAAGACAAGAAAAAGGAGGAAGAUGAGAAUGAGGAGAAAGAGGAGGAAGAUGAGGAGGAGGAGGAAGAGGAGGAACAUGAGGAGGAGAUGGAAGAGGAGGAACAUGAGAAGGAGGAAGAGGAGGAACAUGAAGAGGAGGACAAGGAGUUAAAUGAGAAGGAGGAAGAGGAGGAAGACAAGAAAAAGGAGGAAGAUGAGAAUGAGGAGAAAGAGGAGGAAGAUGAGAAGGAGGAGGAGGAAGAAGAGGAGGAAGAGGAGGAAGAAGAGGAGGAUCAUGAGAAGGAGGAGGAAAAGGAGGAACAUGAGAAGGAGGAGGAAGAGGAGGAACAUGAGGAGGACGAGGAAAAGGAGGAACAUGAGAAGGAGGAGGAGGAAGAGGAGGAACAUGAGAAGGACGAGGAAAAGGAGGAACAUGAGGAGGAGGAGGAAGAGGAGGAUCAUGAGAAGGACGAGGAAGAGGAGGAACAUGAGAAGGACGAAGAAAAGGAGGAAGAGGAGGAUCAUGAGAAGGAUGAGGAACAUAAUGAGGAGGAGGAGGAAGAGCCAGUACUGGUUGGUGUACUUACAGGUCAGCGUCUGUCUGCAGUCUCUCUGAAAGCCAGUGGGAGAUUUACUCGUCUGGCGGCCUCUUGCUCGGUCACUCUUGGCCUCCGCCCCAUGAUGUCAGCAGAACCAGGUCUGAUGCUGGCUCUUCUGGUUCUGGUUCUGGCUCUGGUUCAGGCCUGA